AUGUUAUUACUCUCUAUUGGAUUCGUGUUUAGCGCAUCUCACAGGGAAACGUCUGUUGUAGGUAGUUUGAUAGAUAUAUGCUCUCAAUCUAUACAGCUGGCACAAACUAAAAUUGGCCAAGAUGAGGAAAUUAGUGAACUCCUUACCACCCUGAAUUCUCAAUUCAGUGAUUUUGCCAAUGUGGGAUUUGAUGAUAAGGAAAAAAUGGUAAGAGAACAAUAUGAUGAAUUCAUUACUAGGAUAAAUCAAAUGGAUGUAAACCAAGUGAAUGAUGCCAUUAGUGAGUAUGAAAACAGUAUGUUACUAAUUAGUAUAAAUUACUCAUCACUAGAUGAUGUUGAAGCGAAACACAGCGAGUUGUCUAGUAGUAUAGACAAGUUAAAGGAAGUAUGCGAGUUGUAUGAGAACCAAAAAAAGGAAUUAUUGAAGUGCUGUCUCUACUGUAAAAUGGUGAAGCUUUACCACGAACUGCAUCAACAGAAAAGUGAAUCUGGACGUAGUGAUGUUGGUAUACUAGAUGAUAACUCUCAUUUGUUGGAAGUAGAACACUUCUAUUUUGAUGAUAGUGGAUUAUCAUCUGAUACUGAUAUGAUUGGUAUUUGCAAGGUUGUUAAUGAGAAUGUAUGUAAACUCGUUGAUAUGAGAAAAGAACUGCAGGUUCUCAGAGCGAAAAGAAACGCACUGAUCCAAGACUGUGUUUUAUCAACCAAGACGCUCAAUUAA